UUAUUUACACUUAGCUGUCAAUUAAUAAUGUAUUCUUUUAAAUAAAAAUUAUAGUUUUAAAAUGAUGUUAAUGUUUAAAUGCAUGAAUCAAAAGAAGAAAAAAAAUGAAGAGAGGGUCCAUGUUGUCCUUAUGAGGGCCAGCAUAGAAGGUGACUCCAAAUGGGGUUGGCUCCCUUAUUGUCUUCUCAAUCUUUACAAACCCCUCAAACCAACCAUGGCCAUGUCCUUCCUAUUCUAACACCCCACAUGACCCUUCUCUUCAACUUCCUUCAUAUAUACACAUCAAGUCUCUCCCAUUUUUCUCACCACCUCUCCCUUCUUGAUCAAUUCUCUCUUCAUUCUCUUUAGAUUACUAUCUAGUCUCUAUGGCCAUCAUGAAAUCAAACAAGCAGCCACAAGCAACGGUCCUCAAACAAAUCCUCAAGAGAUGUUCUAGCUUGGGGAAGAAAUCCGGAAGCUAUUUCGACGUACCAAAGGGUCAUUUCGCAGUGUAUGUUGGAGAGAAUAGGAUUAGAUACAUUAUCCCAAUCUCCCUUCUGGCUCAACCGGAGUUUCAGUGUCUUUUACAUACAUUUGAGGAGGAAUUCGGGUUUUAUCAUGAGAUGGGUGGCCUCACCAUUCCUUGUGAAGAAGUUGUUUUUCGCUCGAUAACCUCAAUGCUAAUGAUGAGAUGAUAAGGAAGAAGAUCACUGAAAAAACGAAAAUUGAUUCUUCUUUCUUUUUUUCUUGUGAAAAAAUAUUUUGAAAGAGAGAUGGCUAAGAUGAAGCAUUUAAGUAGCCUCUGGUUACUUGCUUCUCUUUUUUUUCACCAUCUUUCUUCACUUUUAAGUGGGAUUGAGUGAUAAAUUUGUACAAAUUAAUUAAAGCACUAUUGAGUAUGUAUUUUAUGACUUUUCCUCACGGAGGUGUGUCAUUGCACCCCGUGAGAGAACCUCAUGUUCUAUGCAAUGUAACUUCAUAAUUUAAACUCAUUUUCUCCUCCCAUUUUCAUCA